AUGGGCUAUGAUCAGUUAUUUGAAAAAUACUCGUUUUUCUUUCAAUUGGAAAAAUUGAACAGCGUAGAAAUCAGAGAACAGGCAAAAUGUCUUCAAGAUAUAUAUGCAGAUGAUUUAGGAAGUUCUUUUCCCAAUGAAUGUGUUCACUUUAAGUCACAUAUAAAGAACCUCAAAGUUGAUGAAAGACCUAAAAAUAUUCAGCAAAUGCUUAUAUUUAUCAAAAAUAAUGAUUUUUUUGAAAUGUAUCCUUACAUUGUUAUUGCGUUAAGAAUGUUAUUAUGUACACCAUGUAGUAACUGUUCCACUGAACGGUCUUUUUCAGCUUUAAAAAGAGUAAAAUCAUACCUAAGAUCAAAUAUAAAAGAGGAAAGAUUAAAUGCGUUGGCAAUCCUAAAUAUUAAAAACGACAUUACAACAAAACUAAAUUAUAAUCAUGUUAUUAAUAAUUUUGCUACUAGACAAGCACGAAGAAGAUUUUAA